AUGCAAAGCCCCUUAGUAUUCUUCAACAAGGGUUAUACGUAUUUUCAGUUUGUCUACUUCUGUGCUCUUUUCCCGUACUUCUUAUUAUUCGUGCUACUUUGUCGGGGAUUAACACUUGAGGGCGCUGGAAAAGGCAUUUACUACUACCUUAAACCUAACCUUACUCGUCUUGCUGACACUACAGUAUGGAAGGACGCUGGAACCCAGGUGUUCUACUCGUAUGGUGUCGGCUUUGGAGCGCUCAUAGCUCUUGGAUCUCAUAAUAAGUUCAACCACAACUGUUUCAGAGAUGCUUUUGUAAUGUGUGUCAUAAAUGGAUCUACCUCGAUACUUGCUGGUUUUGUGGUGUUUUCAAUUCUUGGCUACAUGUCUGUAAUCGCACAAAAGGAUAUUGCCGAUAUUGUGAAACCAGGUGUGGUAAGAUUUUAA